UUGUACUUUCAUUUUUAGGCCUGUCACUGCAGUUAUUUGUACAAGUUGUUGGCCUCUGUAUGUUUUUGUCAGGAGCUUGUUGACUUGUUGUCCAUGGGAAUUAAAGUCACCCAGGUCUAAGUCUUCCUGUAAGCUUGACAGUGCUUCCUACAUAAAUCAGAGCAGAGGUAAGCCCGCUCCGCCUCAGCUGUACAGUCACGCAGCUGCAUUGCUGUCAGUCUUUGCUGUGCGACGAAGCCUGAACACUCUGUUGCACACGUUUUCUCCGCACCGAUGAGUAACAGAAGCCAGGGUUUGUCUCUUGUGGUGCUCCCCACGAGCUUUGGCAAUGUGUUGAUGCUUCUUUUCAGCAUUUUCUUGGCUGCGACCAUCAUUUUCCUCAACGUGUCUGUGUUUCUCUCCAUACUGCUAAACAAGGCGCUGCGCAGCGAGAACCGCUUCAUGUACAUGCUGAGCACCUGCCUCAGUGACAUCUGCACCGGCGUGUCAUAUUAUUAUGUUGGUGUUCUCGAUGUGAGGGAUAGCUUCGACUCCCCUACGAGAACCUUUUACAUCGUACCCACAUUUCUAGGGCUGUCUUACAUGGCCAUCCUGGCCGCGCAGGCAGACAGGUACCACGCGGUGGUGUCACCCUUUAAAUACUCCCAGCGCAUGACCCUAAACAGGACCCUGCUGGUCAUCUUUGCCUACUGGGUCUAUGCUUUCUUGAUCGUGGCUGUGCACAACCUGGUCACAAUCGGGGUAGCCAAAAAGAUCACGAGCAUUGGUACGUUUGUGGGGAACAUAUUCACAGUGAUUAUAAUGAUAGGGCUGAAUAUUAGACUGUUCCUCAUAGCCAGGUUCCAGCUGGAGAGGGAGCCUCCCUCUGAGGAGAGAGACAGCAAGCGCUCAUCGGUGUAUCUCAUAUUGGUGGUGGCUGUGUUUUUCUUAGCGACGUGGCUUCCUAUAUUCUGUCACAUUAUUGCCUGCAAUUUCAUUGGUUCAACCUGUUAUACAUUUAAAAAUGAAGGCACUGACCCUCUUCGCAUUUUGCCCCGAGUUAAUGCUGCCCUGACCCCCAUCCUGUACAUCAGAGGGUGCACUGCGCUCAGAGCGGCUCUGCUGAGCCAAGUGUGGAGACCCCGCUGCAGGAGGACGUAAGAAGGCGACAUCCUGGACGACUUGGCCCUAUAAGCACCCAGUCCCCGCAGCCUAAUUUAAAAGUUGGAUGGAUGUCAAAGUAAACGUUGUUUUCUAACCAAGCUAAUCAAAUACUUGAUGAGGAAGUUUCAUUGGAAAGCACGCUUGCUGUCAAACGAGAACAAGUUUAGGCUUUGGGUUUCUUGGAAGAUGGAAAUGUUUCAUAAUGUACUCAGCACAUCUACUCUGUUUUACCUUAUUAUUUCCAUUGUUGUUCUCAAAUCGCAAUGAACGAAUUUCAGAUCUCGGCUAAGUGUUUAGUCUGAAUGUCUUGCCAUGAGAAAAGUUGUUCCACAAAGAACUGAUGGAAAUUACACAUGGACACUGAUCCUGGGGCGUGUUUGAAUUUGGUUGUAUUUUGUAUACUACGUAUCUCCGUAAAUAAAAAUUAAAUUCAAUAAC